AUGGCCUCAGACGCGUCACCUCUAUCAGUCUUAUUCGCGCGUGGCCUACUAGCCCGUCUCGCGCUAUGGCCAGCUCUUCGCAUAGCUGUACACCAAAACUGGGGAGGUCCACAAAGCGCACAAAAACAGCGUUGGUUAGCAGGUGUCAUCAUAGAUGAAUUCGAGGCAUCCCUUCCAUCAGCAUCUGCUUCAUUGACAGCUUUCGAUUCCUCUCAAUCAGCCCCCAUGCAUCCAUCGCACAUGCUCCCUGAACCAGACACCGAAUACAUAGAAACGAUGCUGCUCCAGAUCAUGGAUGACGAGUUUGAAGUUGCGCUCGAGGAUGGAAGCGCAUUUGACAUUGCUAGAGAUGUUGUGCGUUUGUGGAACGAUGCGAAGGAGGGGAUGGAUGGAUAUGUCAAGGACUUGGAGAUGCAAGCGGAUCAGAUGAAAGGAAAAAUGCCACAGUAUGAAGUUGAUGCAGGGAGUGCAAGUGAUUGGAGCGAUAGCGACGGUGAUAAUGAGGAUGAAAAUGGAAGCGACGGCGAAGAUUUCGGGAAGUAUGUUGUUCCACAGCUGCUCGAUCAUGCAAAGGACGUACCAGACGUUGACGAGGAUGGCUUUACUACCGUAAAGAGGGGAGGCAGAUAA